AUGGUAACUCUAUCAGCUUGGCCUUGGGGAAACUUCGGCAAUCUAAAGUAUCUUCUGUACGCUCCAUUAGCUGCACAAGUAGUGUAUUCAAUAGCAUACGAAGAAGAUUACACGAGGGCUUUUUGGUGUCUCAAUAUCCUCAUCAUCUGUGGACUCAAAGGACUCGUUCAUGUCCUUUGGAGCACUUACAACAACAUGCUUUUCUUGACUCGCACGCUAAGGAUUAACCCUAAAGGCGUUGAUUUCAAACAGAUUGAUCACGAAUGGCACUGGGAUAAUUACAUACUCUUGCAAGCAAUAUUAGCUAGCAUUAUCUGUUACAUGUCUCCUACACGCCAGCUAGGUCAGAUUGGAGCAACAUUUUAUGAGAACACAAUGAUGAUGAUGAACAAUACUAUUCCUCUGUGGAACACAAAAGGAUUCAUCGUGUUGCUUGUGCUACACGUUACUUUCUCAGAGCCUUUAUACUACUUUUUCCAUAGAUCUUCUCAUCGUAAUAACUACUUCUUCACGCGUUACCACUCUUUCCACCACUCAUCUCCUGUUCCAAAUCCCAUGACCGCUAAUAAUGCAACGUUAUUGGAAAGUCUUAUCCUCUGUGUAGUAGCUGGAGUUCCUUUGAUUGGUUCUUGCUUGUUAGGCGUUGGAUCAAUAAGCUUGAUCUACGUAUACGCUAUUAUGUUCGACUUCCUAAGAUGUUUAGGACAUUGUAACGUUGAGAUCUUCUCUCACAAGCUGUUCGAGACUCUACCAAUCUUACAAUAUCUCAUCUACACUCCAACGUACCAUAGUCUGCAUCAUCAAGACAUGGAGACCAACUUUUGUCUGUUCAUGCCUAUCUUUGAUGUUUUAGGCAACACACUAAACCCAAACUCGUGGGAACUCCAGAAAAAGAUCCGUUUAGCUGCAGGGAAACCGCAGAGAGUGCCAGAGUUUGUGUUCUUGGCUCAUGGGGUAGAUGUAAUGUCAGCGAUGCACGCACCAUUUUUGUUCAGAUCGUUCGCUUCAAUGCCAUACACGACGAGGCUUUUCUUGCUGCCGAUGUGGCCCUUCACGUUCAUGGUAAUGCUGGGUAUGUGGGUUUGGUCAAAAGCAUUUCUUUACAGCUUCUAUACCCUCAGGAACAAUCUUUGUCAGAAUUGGGCCGUUCCUAGACUUGGCUUCCACUACUUCUUACCGUUUGCUAAACAAGGCAUUAAUAAUCUUAUCGAAGAUGCGAUUCUGAGAGCUGAUAAGCUUGGUGUUAGAGUCAUAAGCUUGGCUGCUCUAAACAAGAAUGAAGCUUUAAAUGGUGGUGGAACGUUAUUUGUUAACAAGCACCCUGACCUUAGAGUUCGUGUGGUCCACGGCAACACUUUAACCGCAGCAGUGAUUCUCAAUGAAGUUUCAAAAGAUGUGAAAGAGGUUUUCUUGACAGGAGCCACUUCUAAGCUAGGAAGAGCCAUCGCUCUUUACCUCUGUCGUCGUGGAGUGAAAGUUCUCAUGCUGACAUUAUCAGUGGAGAGGUUCCAAAAGAUUCAGAAAGAAGCUCCUGCUGAGUUCCAGAACUAUCUCGUACAAGUGACCAAAUACAACGCUGCUCAACACUGCAAGACUUGGAUCGUUGGGAAAUGGUUAACACCUAGGGAGCAGAGCUGGGCUCCUGCAGGAACUCAUUUCCAUCAGUUUGUGGUGCCACCAAUCCUCAAGUUUAGAAGGAACUGUACUUAUGGCGAUCUAGCAGCAAUGAGGCUCCCUAAAGAUGUUCAAGGAGUUGGAACUUGCGAGUAUACGAUGGAGAGAGGGGUGGUUCAUGCGUGCCAUGCUGGAGGAUUGGUUCAUAUGCUGGAGGGUUGGGAACAUCAUGAGGUUGGAGCUAUUGAUGUUGACCGUAUUGAUAUAGUGUGGGAAGCAGCCAUGAGACAUGGCCUUAGCUCUCUUUCUUCACUCAGUGAUUAAGUGAGAGAGAAGCAUUUGAUGAUUGUAGUCUUUGUUUGAUUCUUCCAAGAUUGGUCAUUCUUUGUACAGGUGAAUGAUGCAAACAGGGAAAUAAAGAAUUAGAAUUUCACCUCAUGUUAUUGCUUCACCUUUGAUUAAAGAUGUAUUCCACAUUUUGGUUUUCCCUAAGAUUCAUAUAUGCAUGCAUUUCCA